AUGAAGUUUUCCGUAUUAAUCGUGAUAAGUGCCAGCUGGGCAUUUGCAACUAGUGAUCCAAAAGAUGGUUGUGACCUGAUUAAAGCUUUAGAAACUGGAAACGAAACUGAGGCCAUACGUCUUCUUGAAGAGGGAGUAAAUGCAACUUAUGUGAACCGUCACAAACGUCUUCCAAUGCAUUUGGCUGCUCUAUACGGUUAUGAAAAAUUCUUUCAUUCUCUAAUGGAAAAGGGCUACAAAUAUCAAAUUCACGAAAAAGAUGAUUUUUAUGCAGGCAUUCCACUGAUGUCAGCUAUCCGCAAUGAUCUUUUAUUAAAAAGUGGAAGUGAUGUAAACACCGCCGAAACGGUCGUUGGAUGGAAUCCGCUUCGAUUGGCCGCAAGGAGUGGCGAUGUAAAAAUGAUCGAAUUACUCCUCAAUAAUGGUGCAGAUGUUUAUUCCACAAAUGGUUUCGGAGUUAGAGCACUGCAACUUGCUACAUUAAAUGGUCAUUUAAGUGCUGCAUACAUUCUUGAAGUGGCGGAAAUAAAUUCAGCCAAAAAAGGAAAAGAAUUGCCGAAAAAUAUGUGCGUUUUUCCAAUCAUUAUUGGAUAG